AUGCCAACAUCUUCAACCAAUUAUCUCCCUGAAGAGCUUGUAAUCAGAAUUCUCUCAUCUUUGCCCGUAAAAUACGUGCUCCGGUGCAAACUGGUCUGCAAGCUAUGGCUAUCCAUUACUCUAGACCCCAAAUUUAUCCAAACUCAUCUCAAAUUCUCCCAGCAAAGACCUACAGUUCUGGCAGACGCUGAAGUUUACGACAUGCAAGGCUCUUCUUACAAGAUUGUGUCGAUGAUCUCCAACUCCUUUGAAGAUUCUGUUAAUGUUCCUCUGCCCUCGUCGUAUUUAGCUCCGGAUCACGGUUCCUCUUCGUGUAAUGGCCUUGUGUGUUUAAGUUUAAACAAGUACAGAUUACCUAAUAUGUACAUCUGGAACCCGGCAACAAGACAGGGGAAAGCCCUCCCUCUGCCGAAAAUUUUACAAAGUGCGUUUUUAGUCUGCACAGGGUUUUUUUUCGAUUCUGUUUCCGAUGACUACAAAAUUCUGAGGCUUUUAUUUUCACGAGGGUCGAGGCCACGAGUGGAGCUUUAUUCCACGAAAUCUGAUUCUUGGAGCGAGAUUCAGCUUGAAGAAGCAGAUAUAAGCUCUGUGGGCUAUGAUCGUAACAAAGCUGUAACAAGUGGUCCUUUUAUAAAAGGGGUACUAUAUAUGACCGGUAACAAGGGGCUAAUCUCAUUCCGAUUGAAUAGAAGGGUGUUGAAACGAGUUCCCUGGCCUAGUAAUUAUAGAACAAAUGAUAAGCUAUAUCUAAAGAAGUAUGAGCCCAAAGUUUUUGAUUAUGAAGGGUGCGCAGCUUUAGUCUUGCAAGGCAAUAAUGAGGAAUUACUUAGUUUGUGGACGUUAGAUGAUGACGAUGAAGAUGGGGGUCAAGGGAUUUGGACAAAGAAGUUAAAUUUAGAAGGUGAUAUUGGGAUGAACUGGACAAGCAAGUACUUUGGCGUUGGACAACUUGUUGCAUGGGAAGAUUAUAAAAGAAUCAUCUUGUAUGACUGUAACAAGAAAGAGGCCAAGGAGCAUCGACUUCAACUUCCAAGUAACUGGUAUAUUGAUUCGUUUUUCAGGCAUACCGAGAGUCUUGUUUCUCUUGAGGGGUUCAGGAAAUUAUGA